AUGCGGAUGGCUAGGGGAAGCGCUAGCGGGUCGCCCGAGGUCCAAUCGGCAGCUCCUUCCCAGAUCGAUCUCGAGCUCCCCUCACUCACCCGCAUACAGCAGCAUGAGACCCUGAUACACACUAUGGAAAAGUGGUAUGCAGCGACUGACCCCUUAUACAAGUUGAUGCUUAAGGAUGUCAUCGACAGUAUGCGCCGCGAUUUGGGGAUGCCACCCCUGCCCUCCAUUAUACAAAAUCCAUCACAAUCCAACACGCGUUCCAUCAUUAUUGCACUUGGCAAAAAUUGCAAUUUGCGGGUGAUUCGUACCGUGGCUUGCUGUACAUCCGGUCAGAGUUCAGGUUCAGGCUCGGCUCAGGACUCCAAUCAGAGCUCGAUUUUCUCUCGAACCGAAACGUACGCCUUGCUGAAGCAGCAGUUGGAAGUAGCUGCCAAAUCUGAGGAUUACAAAGAAGCUGCUAGAAUUCGUGAUUCCUUGAAAUUAUUUGAGGAUGAAGAGCCAGUUUUGCGUCUCCGAAGAUUGUUAAAAGAGGCCAUUGCAGAGGACAGAUUCGAGGAGGGUGACUAUGGGAUGAAGCAUAUCGAUAAACUAAAUGCUCGAACAUUCAACGUGGUAAUUGCCCCCUUUUCUCUUUCAAUAUUUGGAGACGGUGUUGAUAAUAUUUGAGAGACUACCUAAGUCACACGAGACCAGUAUUUAUUACUGAAUUUUGAUAUUGUUUGAUUUUGUAUGUUGUAGCUAUCAGUGGAAAUCAAACGUAGUGUAUAGAGGCAUG